AAGUCUACUUUAGGAAUAAUAAUUUAACCCUCAAAACCAAACUCGCAGACGAUACACUUAAAAUUAACGCCGCCGCCUCCGCCUCCAAGGCCAGAGUCGACGAUUCAUCCUUCAACUUCGAAGCUGCUUUUCGGUCCGCACCGGACUUCCUCAGCGUUGUAAUUGAAGCAUACAAUUAUAAUGGCUGAGAAUCAAGCUGAAACGAUGUCCUGCUACCCGAUGCAAUUUCCUGACAUGGUUGCUAAAAAGAAGACAAUUCGCUGUGCAUUGAAGUUCAAGGUAACUACCAAAGGUAUAUGGAAUGUAUCAGAAGAUAAGUUAUGUGAAGGCACUGAUGGGCCUUGUAUGGUGAAGCCAAGCAAGCAGAAGCCUGAAAUGUCUCUUGAUGAUCAAAGCUGGAAAAAGCAAAAGAUGGGCCCUUUUAAAGUUAAGUCAUGUGAAGGCACUGAUAGGCAAAGAAACAGAGUUUCUGUUGGUGUAAGUAAGCCGCCUGAAGCUAAUGUUCCAGUGAAGCCAUUGAUGCCAGUAACCUCCGGCAAGCGGAAGCCAGAAAUGUCUUUUGAUGAUCAAAGGUGGAAAAAGCAGAAGAUGGACUGCAGUUCGAAACUUGAAUGUAGUAAGAUUUUGAAAGAUUUGAUGAAUCAUAGUGUAGGAUGGGCAUUCAGUGAGCCAGUCGAUCCAGUGAAGCUGAAGAUUCCUGAUUACUUUCAGAUAAUACGGAAUCCAAUGGAUUUAGGAACAAUAAAACAUAAACUAGAGAGAGAUAAGUACUCUGCUGCCAAGGAAUUUGCUGACGAUGUGCAGCUGACUUUUAAAAAUGCAAUGUCGUAUAAUCCUCCCGAAGAUGAAGUUCAUCGUUGGGCGGAGAUGCUGGAUGGUACUUUCAGGAGGAAGUGGAAAUUAUUGGAUGCAAGACUGAAGCAUACCAACAAAAGUGAUGAAAAGACCAGGAAAGUUCUAGAAGACAACCACCAAGUUAUGAAGCCAGCUGGUCUUAUGAAAGCGAUAGUACCUGAAAAACUCAGCAACUCAAGGCGGAUAUCACUAGAGGAAAGACAGAAGUCCAGACCAGGGAUUAUGCAAGCAAAGCCUGGAAAAACGGCAGUAAAUGGGUGCUCAUCAUUGAGUAGAACUGCUGAGAAAGGGCCUUGUAAUCGACGCGCUCCGGCAUCUACUAACCUUGGCCAAUCUAUUGACUCUAAACUUGAUUGUGAGGUCAAAUGUACUUCGACAUCUCUUGCGAACAGCUUUGCUCUAGAUUCAGAGGGUCGUGGAGUUGCUUACAAUGAAGACAAAAGUCCUUGUUCAACAUCUGCCACAACUCCUGCAUUUGUUGAAGGCUGGAUGGCUGAUGUCCCAAUGUCGCCAAAAAAGGCUUUGAGGGUUGCAAUGCUGAAAAGCCGCUUUGCAGAUACUAUCUUCAAAGCUACGCAUCCGACGCUUGUAGACAAUGAUGAGAAGUCUGAUCCUUCAAGGAUACAACAAGAAAGGCUACAACUGGAGAAAGAACAGCUAAAAGAGAAAGCCAGGAUUGAAGCACAAAUUAAAGCUGCUGAAGUGGCCUCUCGAAGGAAGCAGCAAGAUGAGUUAAAGAUGCGUCGUGAGAGAGAAAGAAAAGCUGCAAGGAUUGCUUUAGAGAAGAUGGAGAAAACUGUUGAGAUUGAUUGGGCUCUAAGUAUGUUGAGAGAUUUGGAUAUCCUAUUUGGUGGAUAUCCAAAUUCCAAGUCUGUGGAGCAAUUGGGCUUGUACCUUAAGGAGAAGUACGUGGAAGAAGAUGACGCAGAAGACGGAGAAAUUUUGUAGUAGAAAAGAGAUUAUUGAUUGAAAUUCUUUUGUGCAUAUAUAUAUUCUUUGAGUUUAAUCUAUAAAGAAAAGCCAUUCCAAACCACAA